AUGGCUAUAAAUUCGACAGUUGGCGGCCGGGUUCUUUUUUCUCUCAAGCCGCAGAUAGUGGCCACUCGCUUUAAUCGAUUCUAUUGGGCCUCUAGGCAACCAGAACAAACGACAGCUGAGGAAUGGGCCUGCAAGACGGUGAAAAAGUGGCAACAGGAGCUUUCUCAACAGCUAACAUCCUCUAAUGCUUCCAGUGACCUCUGGCCUUCCCAGCUUCAUCGCAUGGCUAGUGAGUUGCCAGUUCCAUUACCACCACCCUGGCCACUUCGGUCCUUCCGUCGAUCUUGUGCAUCACUGGAUUCUGCAAACAGAGACACUUCUCCUGAUUUGCUAGAUCCUGGCUACCGUCUUUUAGAUAUUGUCCGCUGUCCGACGAUGAUUCGUCUAUUGCGCAGCCUUCUUGAUAUAGGUCUUACCCAAUCAUCCUCACCUUCCUGGUGGUCGGAUACCUUGUUCGAUUUCGUCCUUCAUCUGAUCGGAGUUGCACUUUAUGAGGAGAAAGUGGAAGCUCUGUGGGGUAUUGGGCAGUUGCUAAUAUGCGCUUUCCAACUUCAACAGCAAGAUGACGAUUGA